UUCUCGCGAUAACUGCAAACACUGGUGGGCCUUGCAGAGGGGGUGUGCGUAUGGCGGUUACAGAGACUGCGGGAGGUGAAACGCAGAAGAUGGAGAAUGGACAAGGCACAGGCACCAAGCUUGGCCUUCCGCCGCUCACCUCAGAGCAGCAAGAAGCACUGCAGAGGGCCAAGAAAUAUGCCAUGGAACAGAGCAUUAAGAGUGUUUUGGUGAAGCAGACCAUCGCCCAUCAACAACAGCAGCUCACCAACCUGCAGAUGGCAGCAGUGACAAUGGGCUUUGGAGAUCCUCUCUCACCUUUACAAUCGGUGGCAGCGCAGCGACAACGUGCACUAGCAAUCAUGUGUCGGGUCUAUGUGGGUUCCAUUUACUACGAGCUUGGUGAAGACACCAUCAGACAGGCUUUUGCCCCCUUUGGUCCAAUUAAGAGCAUUGAUAUGUCUUGGGAUUCUGUUACAAUGAAGCAUAAGGGUUUUGCAUUUGUGGAAUAUGACGUACCAGAGGCUGCACAGUUGGCUCUGGACCAGAUGAAUUCAGUCAUGUUGGGGGGCAGGAACAUAAAGGUUGGGCGCCCAAGUAACAUCGGUCAGGCGCAACCCAUCAUUGACCAGCUGGCAGAGGAGGCACGCGCAUAUAACCGAAUCUACGUGGCGUCGGUCCACCCUGACCUGUCAGAUGAUGACAUCAAGAGUGUGUUUGAAGCCUUUGGAAGGAUCAAGUCUUGCACGUUAGCCAGAGAUCCCAACUCAGGGCGGCACAGAGGCUUUGGCUUCAUUGAGUAUGAAAAGCCCCAGUCAGCUCUGGAUGCUGUAUCUUCUAUGAACCUGUUUGACCUUGGUGGUCAGUACCUCCGAGUAGGCAAAGCAGUGACCCCACCUAUGCCAUUACUGACUCCCUUGACUUCUACAACACCCGGGGGCAUGCCUCCUGCAGCGGCUGUAGCUGCAGCAGCAGCCACUGCCAAGAUUACAGCCCAGGAGGCUGUAGCUGGCGCAUCUGUUCUGGGGGCAUUAACAGCCCCGCAACUUCUUGGGCAACAAAUGGGAAUCCCUCAAGCUGUUAUGGCAGCCCAGGCACCAGGGGUAAUCACAGGUGUAACACCGGUGCGCCCUCCCAUACCUGUGCUUCCUCAAGUAGGUCUAGUGAACCCUGUGCUAGCGUCACCACCAGUCCUCGCCGCUCAAACACUGGGCGCAAAUCCACAGGAAAAGAAAGAGGAGAAAGAGGAGACGCUCCAAGAUGGAACGGGACAGGAAAUGUUAAGUGACCAAGAGCAUAUGAGCAUUUCUGGCAGCAGUGCUCGACAUAUGGUCAUGCAAAAACUGCUGCGGAAAUCUGAGUCUACCGUCAUGGUGCUUAGAAAUAUGGUUGGACCAGAGGAUAUCGAUGAUGACCUUGAAGGAGAAGUGACUGAGGAAUGUGGCAAAUUUGGGAAUGUGAACAGAGUCAUCAUCUAUCAGGAGAAACAAGGAGAGGAAGAGGACGCAGAUAUUAUUGUCAAAAUCUUUGUAGAAUUUUCCAAUGCUUCAGAAAUGAACAAAGCAAUAUCGGCUCUUAACGAUCGAUGGUUUGGAGGCCGCAAAGUUGUUGCUGAAGUGUACGACCAAGACCGUUUUAACAGCAGUGACCUUUCUGCAUAAACUCUGGUUCACAAGCCCAAUAUAAACUAUCGCUCUAAAGUUUCAGUCUGCAGCUUGGGAUGCAGGCCUCUGAAACUUGUAAUUAUGUUUUUUUAUUUUUAAAUGUAAAUGUUAAUAAUCCUGUUUAUAGGGUUAGACAGCUGUUUGUCCUAAUUCUGCUUUGUUGUUUGUCAAAGCCCUAUUCUUUUUUUUGUGUAAACUUGUUUUUUGGGGAUUUUGCUGAAAAUAGGCUUCCUGCUUGACUGCUCCAGUACUCUUUAUAAUAAAUUGCUGAAAUAUGUACACUGUCUUUCUACAAUAAAAUAUAUUCUUUGUCCAAUUAAACACCAUAAAGCAUUUUCUACAGGC